CAGUACAGGUACGGUAACCGCGUUUGCUCAAAUUUUUUGGAGGGAUGCGCCAUGUCGAUGCCGUCGCUCCAUGGCAUCCAACCACAAACAAACCCCCAUGGACAACAGCAUCUGCUACCGUAAUAUAAGGCACCAUGGCUCGGACCAAGCAUAGCCUCCCUGCCCGACGCAAGUUUUUGGAGGCAUCGUUGCCCAAAGCGGAGAAUGGCGAAGAGGCAGAAGAAGCAGUUCCGACGGUGCACUUGACCCGUUGGGUGCUAAUCUUUCUUGGCAUUGUGAUUGGAGGUGCAUUUGCAUUAUUUACCCGCGACGGCACUACAUCGAUUCUAGUGGGAAAUCUUGGCGGCACGGUCAAGACCAAAGGUAGCAACGUGACCAACACCAACCAAACGAAAAAGCCAAUCGACAUUUUGGCAUUACCGCUGCCAUCUAUAGAGCCCUUUGAUAUGAGCCAGUAUGAAGCCAUUCAUCUGUGGCACCUUCGAAAAGCCGGUGGGACCACCCUUCGAAUCUAUUUUGAGAAUAUUGCCAAACACCACAACGUCUCCUUCAAAGUGGAAGAAGGCUAUUGCUACCGAGGAAUUCUGGAAGAAAGAACGCUGGUGGUGACCAUGCUCAAGGAUCCCGUGGCCAGGAUUGUAUCCGAAUAUUGGGGCGAAGGAAGCAUCAACUUGACAAAUCCCGAUACCAGUUUCAUGGAUUGGGUAGAGUUCAUCAACACAACGGCUCCACCUAAGCUGAUUGGACAAGAUCAUUGGUUUUCCUGGUCGUGUGUACAAAAUUGCAUGGCCCGCCUGUUUGGCAACCACUUUCCCGCCAAUCUCACAAAAGCCAAACAUGCACUGGAACACGAUUUUGAUCUCAUUGUCCAAAGCAACCGCAUGAGUGAUCCCAAUUAUACCACAUGGUUGAGCCAUGUAUUGGGAGCUCCAGAGGUCAAAAUGCCGCAUAGAGGUCAUUCCGACAAGAAGUACAAACAGGAAAAUCAGGUUGCGGCUCCGAAGGAAGAAGAUCUACAAGUGAUCAGAAAACACAAUCAACUGGAUUAUGACUUGUUGGAGUAUCUCCUUGAAAAACGAAAGGAUCUUGUGGGUGUGUUGUGACACCCAUUAAGAAUCAAGGGUGACAACCCCAAGAGAAGCUGGUUUCAGCUUUCUUUCCAUGGCUUGAAAGACCCCGUUUGGAUGGUACCAUGUGGUGUUUCAGCCAAAGUACCGAAUGUUGCAGAUUUGAAUCCAUCGUGGUCGUUACCAACGACAAAACCAAGUUACAAUCAACAUCUCGGCAGGAUUGGAUUUGUGCUACCGUACGGACUCAGUCCAAGCUCAUUCAAGUAGAACCAAUUUUUCUUGCCUCGGAAUGGAUUUGAUGGGGGCUAUUUAUUUGGUUUCAGAUUGAAUGAAUCCAAUGAUUCAUUCAUUCCGUUGCAGGCAUAAAUAAAUUCGAUUGGUUAGCUAGCU